AUGCAGAUAUACCAUAUUCCUUGGCUCUAUGCACCAGUGCGGACUGUGCUGGCAAUCUGGCACCAGCUGACCAAGACCGAGAUCCCAGAGCUGGCCAAGUGCUCCGUGCUGAUGAGGGAGCGCAGCAGAGUGGAGGAGACGAUCCACGCCAUGCAGCGAGCAGGUGCAGGAAGUCUGCAGGUAAUCUCAGACUUUGAUAUGACAUUGACCCGAUUUGCCCACAACGGAAAGAGAGUUCCCACCACGCACAACAUCCUCGAUAACCGGUUAUUGAUUGAUGAAGAUUGCACUAAAAAGAUGAGGGAGCUGUUGAACACCUACUAUCCCAUAGAGAUUGAUGCUUGCAGGACUGCUGAAGAAAAGCUGCCCCUCAUGGUGGAGUGGUGGACUAAAGUCCACGAGCUGCUGAUUCAGCAGAGGAUCAGGAAGGACAUGCUGGCCCGGGCUGUAGAGGAAUCCAGUGCGAUGCUCAGGGACGGCUACAAGUUGUUUUUUGACCGUCUGACGGAGCAGCAGGUCCCGCUGUUGAUCUUCUCGGCUGGUGUUGGAGACGUCCUGGAGGAGGUCAUUCGACAGAACCACGUCUUCUAUCCCAAUGUCCACAUCAUCUCCAACUACAUGGACUUUGACCAAACUGGGGUCUUGCGAGCCUUCAAAGGCCAACUGAUCCACACCUUCAACAAGAGGGAAGGUGCUUUGUCACAUGCAGCUGGCCUCAGAGAACUGCAGGGUCGACCCAACGUGCUGCUGCUGGGAGACUCUCUAGGAGACCUGACCAUGGCCGACGGCGUGUCUGAGCACCAGAACAUCCUCACCAUCGGCUUCCUCAACGACAAGGUGGAAGAGAGAAAAGAGUCGUACAUCAACUCCUUUGACAUCGUGCUGGUGAAAGACGAGACGAUGGACGUUGCGAACGCCAUCCUCCGAUACAUUACCUCGUCAAGACACAAGUGAGAAGCCCAAGCAAGAACUUUAUGACAACAUGCACUCAGAUGGACUUGUUCGCUCCAUUCAGCAUGUUGUAUGCUGGACAAUCACACAUCACUUACCUCAAACCUUGAAACUGGUCUUUUUGUUUGUUCUCACGCUCAGUGUUUUGACUGUAAAUCAAAUUCUCUCCCAGUCGAAUGGUUUUAAAAUCUCUAAAUUAGGUGACUACUUUAGUUUUAGAGGAAUCUGUGAUUCAUGCAACUCACAGAGUAUUUGAGAGCUGGACUUUACAGUACAGUACCAGCAGCCCUCCGUCUGAAAACCAGUCAGAAACCUCUUUAAGACUUCAGUAUAAACAAUUACAGGGUGUAUUUCUACGUUUCAGUCCUAUUUUCAGCACCCAAAAAAAAAAAAACCUUUUUAAAAUGUUUACAUUGUUGUUUUCACAGAAUGAGGAUGCUUUUAAAUCUAUUUUACUUUAAACUUGUGUACGUGCAAAGACAUAACACAUUUUGUUAAAUGUCUCUUUAACUGGCAAAUCUUCUACUACUAUAUUGACUUUGUUCAGGUGUGUUUUGUGUGUACUGUACAUUACAUCUGCAUACAUGCUCAAGUUUACACAUACUUUGCACACAAAUCAUCAGUUUACUUGCAGGGUACACCCUCUUUAAGCUAUUGUAAUAGUCUUUAUUUAAUUUAUUAGUUAUUCUAACCAUGUAACUUGUUAAUGCCAGCAUUAAACACAAUGUGACAGUAUUCUCAAGAAGGGAACAUAUACACUUUCAACUGAAAGAGUUUUGAAGAAAAGAUGAAUAUUACUUGUAAGUGUGCUCUUCUCAGCUAAAGAUAUAGUUCACAUUUUUAAAUCACAAUAAAGAACAUCGAGUUGCAAGAAAUUAACGUGCCAUUAGUAUUGUUAAAGACCUCCAUCUCAAACAGAAAUUCCUCGUAGGGGAACACAACAAAUUAAAUGUGAACUAUACCUUUAAUCAACAUUUUACAAUAUCUGUCUAUGCUACUAAUAAUUCUUCUAAUGCAGUCUUAUCACAGUAAAGUCUGUCUAUGUAGCGAUGUAUCAAUAUAAAUAAUGUUUGUAUUCAUAUUUUAAUUGACCAGUAUUCAAUAGUUUCUCUCCAAUAUUAAUCUAAAUCAUGCAUUUUUUUGUCUUAGUACAUCUGCAGGUUUACAGCAUUGGGAUUUUCAGUAUAUUUCUGUUAAUUACCUGCUUUUAAAAUGACUAAUACUUUUACUGUGUUACUAAUUUGAUUAAAGAGAGCUGCAUCAUUUAAGUGAGAAAAAAAACUAUAUAUAUUCUUUUAGAAAACUGCUCAUAUAAGUUAUAUGAAUGUAUUUCUGGUGCAAGAUGCAGAGAUGCAAAAUUGUUAGAAGUCACAAUGUGCUUUCCAGCAGACAUUUUGUAUAUAAUUGGCAUACUUUCCCGUUAAGUGUACCAGUGAAAACAGUUGUGACUCUGUAUCUUGCAUCCAAAAAAGUUAUGACUUUCAUGGCCAAAUUAAGGUGCAAUUACAACACAGAAAAGACCCUUUGCACUAUUUGCUUGUAUUUAAAAAAGAAUGUAGUACAUAAAAUAUUAAACCAUGAUGAUGUAUGGAAAAAGUUCCUGGUUGCUUGUUUUAAUGGUGUUGGGGUUUAUCCCGGAGAGAGAAUAAAAGCUUUUCUUUCAUCA